AUGAGUCAAGAUUCGUUUCAGGUACACAGGUUCGAUGAUAUAGAGAUGUUAGAGAUACCAGAGUAUGAUUCCUCUUCAUCAGAAACAGAAACUAUCUCACAAUCAUCAUCAACAACAACAGAACAACAGAGUAACAUUGACAAUCUCUUUGAAUCAUUUAAAAGCAAUUUAGAGUUGGACGAUUGGUUGAAUACAAGUCAGAGUAUCGAUUUUAACUUCAACAAUGAUGAGUACAAGGCAAGCAUUGGUUCUAAUAAUGCAUUUUCCAAGUCGUAUGUGAAUUAUGUCAACUCAUUAUAUAAAAUCAUAGAAACAGUAACAUCCAACAAUUCAGAAUUGGAACUUGAAGAAGAACCAAUAGGUUUAAUCCGUACAAGAGAUAGAUUUAAUAGCCAAUCCAAAGACGAGUUGAUAAACGAAUCAUUCACCAGCAUAAUUGAAAAUUUAUACAACUUGUUGAAUGAUUCUUCAAUAGAGUAUACCAGCACAGAAACUGAAAGCAGAUUAAAUAGUACUUUACACAUUCUUCUUUGUUUACAAGGAAAUUUCUUUUAUCUGGAUAUUAAAAAUAGACCAGAAUUACUUUGUAACUGGAUCAAUUCAUUGAAAACAAAGCCAGAUGAUGAUUUGGUGGAUACCAUCAUGACCAAUACUCCAAUACCGUAUAAACAUCCACAAUUCUGGAAUACAUUAAUAAUUCAAUAUAUCACUGGUGGCCGUUUAAGAGAAGCCUCAGAUGUGAUCCAUAAUUCUAAAUUUGAGGAUCUUGAAGAUAGAUCUUUAGACUUGUUUAAUACCAUAUCUGAUUUCAAGCUUUUAUUGGAGAACUAUACUACAUUUUCACUAAAAGGGCAAUUUGCUGAAUGGAAAUUGAAAGCAUGUGAAUUCAGAGAUUCAAUCGUGAAUGUAAGAUCAAAUAUAACUGAUAAUGAAGAAAAGAUUAUAUUAUCACAAAUUCAUGAUUUAGCUAAUGUCAUUACGGGACUUCCAAAGACAACUUCAAGUUACUGUGAUUAUUGGUACGAAGUUUAUGUUUGCUUUUCCUUGUUUCAAGUGAGAGACAAUGGUGAUUUAUUUAAAGACUACUAUAAAUUAGCUAUCCAAGAGAAGCCUCCAGCGAUUCAUAACAGUAACGAAUUUGAGGUAUCUGAACUUGAAGAUCAAACCUUUGUUAAUAUUUUGGAAGAGAGCUUUCUUAAAGUUUUACAAACUUUAUAUUUCCUUGAACCUGCUACAGCAGCAUAUGUUGCCAAACUUUUGGAAUUAAAGCAAUACUUUAAUGGAUAUUAUUCAGCUGCUUCUAAAAUCUCAAAUCUCCAAUCAUUACAAAAUAAGAGAACCAUUUCUGAAUACUUUUUAACUUUACAUGCUUAUAAAUGUCUUAAUGUUGAAGGUUUGACUCCAGUCGGUAUUGGUUUAUUACUCAAUGAUAGUAUCGCAAGUUCUCAAAGUGCUAAUGUUGAACGUAGGAAUAUCAUUGCUGAUGUUCUUCCCAGAUAUAAAUUCCAAACUAAUGAUGAUUUAGAAUGGGCUUUAACCAUAUGUGCUAAAUUAAGUUUAACAAAAACAGCCAAGCAGUUGUACUAUGCAUCAGGAGUUAAGUCUCUCUCCGAUGGUUAUAUAUUCGAGGCACUUAACAUGCUUGUCAAUUGCUUUGAUCCAACUUCACCAAGUCAUGGAAAGGAAAAUAAUGGUAUGAAACAAGUUCAUCACAUAGCUUGGGAUAUAAUAUUCCAAGAUAGUUUGAUUAAUAAUCGACCAUUUGCAGAUGAUUUAAUCAAUAAUAUAGUGUCUCAUAAUGUUGAGAAGAGUUUUAAUAUUCAUCCCGUUAUAAGACAAUGUCUUUCACCAUAUGCUGUAUUAGCUGAAUUUUUCAGAGGGUUAGAGAAUAAUAUCGAUAAACUGUUUUCUAAGUAUUCAAAAUUGAAUCAUUUACUUCGAUUCAAUUAUUUGCCCAAGAAGUUUUAUCCAUUAUUAUUAUGUCAAUUCUUACCAGUAUUAUUUCAAAAGGAUGUAAAAUUCCAAUUACCUGAUUUAGUUGUCAUUAUUGAAUUAUUAGAUAAUUAUGAGACUACUUCCACUGAAGAAGAAAGAAAAGAAGCUGAAAGUCUUUAUGCUUACGCUAUAAAUCAUAGAGAAGAAGAUUCAAAGGAUUAUGAUUGGAGAAAAGUAUUAGACGAAGAACAAAUUACCAUUCCAAGUGAUGUUAAUCAAGUUUUUAUUACUAUUAGAGGAGCAAUCGUGGCUAAGAUAGCUCAAGUGUAUAUAACCAAUUAG